CAAGAGCCUGGUGCCCACCGUGGGGAGCGGCCUGAUGGAGGGGAACGGCGUGUCGCUGACCAGGAUCCUGCGCUCCGCCAGGCUCAGUUUAAUUCAGUUUUUUAGCAAAAUGAAGAAGUGGAUGGACAUGUCAAAUCUACCACAGGAAUUCCGAGAGCGAGUGGAGAGGCUGGAGAGAAAUUUUGAAGUCUCAACUGUGAUUUUCAAAAAGUUUGAACCAAUAUUUUUGGAUAUAUUUCAAAACCCUUACGAAGAAACUUCUAAACCACAGCGAAGCAGGAAACAGAGGUGGGUGCCAUGCAGUGUUAAAGAUCUCUUCAACUUCUGCUGGACUCUCUUUGUGUACACUAAGGGUAAUUUCCGUAUGAUUGGAGAUGAUUUAGUAAAUUCCUAUCAUUUGCUUCUGUGCUGCUUGGACCUGAUUUUUGCAAAUGCCCUUUUGUGUCCAAAUAGAAGAGAAUUGCUAAAUCCAUCAUUUAAAGGCUUGCCAGUGGACUUCCACGUGACAGAGAUCAAAGCCUCUGAAGAUCCUCCUUGCAUCAUUGCCACACUGUGUGAGCUGCAUGAUGGGCUUUUAGUAGAAGCAAAAGGAAUAAAGGAACACUAUUUUAAGCCAUACAUUUCAAAACUAUUUGAUAGGAAGAUCUUAAAAGGAGAAUGUCUGUUGGAUCUUUGCAAUUUUACAGAAAAUAACAAAGCACUGAAUAAAGAGUACGAAGAGUAUGUUCUGACAGUGGGUGACUUUGAUGAGAGAGUUUUCCUAGGAGCUGAUGCUGAAGAAGAAAUUGGCACUCCUCGGAAAUUUCCUGCAGACGUGCCAGUAGGGAAAACAGCAGCAAGAGCUCAUGUGGAGUGUCAUCUUCAGCAGCAUUUUGAAAAGAAAAGGUCAUUUGCUCCUUCAACUCCACUGACUGGAAGGAGAUACCUACGAGAAAAAGAAGCUGUCAUCACACCUGUUGCUUCAGCAACACAAAGCGUGAGCCGGUUGCAGAGCAUUGUGGCUGGAUUGAAAAACGCACCGAGUGAACAACUGAUAACUAUUUUUGAGUCUUGUGCACGCAGCCCUAUGGGAAGCAUUACGAGCAGAGUGAAAGAAAUAGGUGAGAUGUUCUGUCGCAGCUACACUCAAUCAACAGAUGAACAGCCAGGAUCUCAUAUAGAUUUUGCUGUAAACAGAUUAAAACUGGCAGAGAUCUUGUACUAUAAAAUCUUGGAGACUGUAAUGGUGCAAGAAACACGAAGACUACAAGGGAAGGAUCUGACUGCUCUCUUGGAACAAGAUGUCUUUCACCGCUCGCUCAUGGCAUGCUGCUUGGAGAUCGUGCUUUUUGCAUAUAGCUCACCUCGUACCUUUCCCUGGAUCAUUGAAGUUCUUGACCUCAGGCCAUUCUAUUUCUAUAAGGUAAUUGAAGUACUGAUUCGGUCUGAGGACGGACUUUCCAGAGACAUGGUGAAGCACCUCAACAGCAUUGAGGAACAAAUUCUCGAGAGUCUCGCCUGGACUCGGGACUCAGCACUCUGGAAUGCUCUCCAGGCCUCAGAAAACAAGGUCCCAACCUGUGAAGAAGUAAUAUUUCCCAGUAAUUUCGAAGCAAGCAAUGGAGGAAGUGGGCUUGGGCAUUUGCCUAUGAUGCCGAUAUCUCCUAUAAUUCAUCCUCGAGUAAAAGAGGUUCGGACAGAUCUUGGUGGGAGUUUAAGACGGGACAUGCAGCCAUUGUCACCAAUCUCUGUUCAUGAGCGCUACAGUUCUCCUACAGCUGGAAGUGCUAAGAGAAGGCUCUUUGGAGAUGACAGCCCCAAAGAAAUGCAGAUGGAAAAAAUUUUAACCGAAGGAACUAAGUUGACAAUUGCUCCAGCAUCAAGUAUUGCUGCUGAAAAUGUAUCAGUUUCUCCUGGCCAAACAGUACUGACCAUGACAACAGCUACAGCACCAGGAAAAACUGGACAGAAGGUUACUAUCCCACUGCAUGGUGUUGCAAAUGAAAUGGGUGGAAUCACACUGAUACCCAUUUCGAUGAAUUUAGGUCAGCCGUGUAAAAUGGAGGCUCAGGCUCCCUGCCACUCUCAGGUGAAUCAAGUACAAGAAGUGCAUCUGUCAUCAGCAAGCAAACCAAAGAAAACAGGAUCCUUGGCCCUGUUUUACAGAAAGGUUUAUCAUCUGGCAAGUGUGCGCUUGCGUGAUCUGUGCUUAAAAUUGGAUGUUUCCAAUGAUUUGCGCAGGAAGAUAUGGACAUGCUUUGAAUUCACAUUGGUUCAUUGUGCUGAUCUAAUGAAGGACAGACAUUUGGACCAGCUCCUCCUCUGUGCCUUUUAUAUCAUGGCAAAGGUAACCAAAGAGGAAAGAACUUUUCAGGACAUAAUGAAAAGUUACAGAAAUCAGCCACAAGCAAACAGCCAUGUUUAUAGGAGUGUCUUGUUGAGAAAUAUUUCUGCCGAUGUCCUAUUGGACAAAAACGCAAACCAAGAUGUGGAGAUGACAGAAGACUCGUCUGUGAAAACUGGCAGUUCCUCAGGACGAUCUGCAGCAGAGAACUCCAGUGAGUCGGGAACAGAGGAGAGAGGAGAUCUUAUUAAAUUUUACAAUGCAAUCUAUGUAGGAAGAGUAAAAUCAUUUGCACUGAAGUACGAUAUCACAAACCAGGAUCACAUAAUGGAAGCCCCUCCCUUGUCUCCAUUCCCCAACAUUAAGCAACAGCCAGUGUCUCCUCGACGGAUCUCUCAGCAGCACUCAGUUUAUGUUUCGCCUCACAAGAACGGUGCCUGCUUGACACCUCGAACUGCACUACUGUAUAAAUUUAAUGGGAGCCCUUCAAAGAGUUUGAAGGACAUCAACAAUAUGAUAAAACAAGGUGAACACAGGAGUAAGAAGCGAGCAAUAACAAUUGAUAGUGACACUGAAUCCCCUACAAAGCGACUCUGCCAGGAAAAUGAUGACGUUCUACUUAAACGUCUCCAGGAUGUUGUCAGUGAAAGAGCAAAUCAUUAAAACUGUCUGUUUUCUGUGGGGUCUAAAAGCUGCAGGGUUGGAUACAGCUGUUGCGCUAUUUAUUUCUUGCUUUUGUAUACAGACACUGCCAAGUUUCUUUAACAUUGAACUUUCACCUGACUUCCACAGGAUGCAAAAAGCGAGGGUUAAGUAGUAAACACCAGAUAAUGAGAGGUGGUGAUCAUCUUCAUUCCCAAAGGCCACGCUGUGCUAUAAGUUACUCUAUUUGAGCUGUUUUAGCAAAAGAGUGAUCUGUAGAAAGCCAUAUUGGAUGUUCUCGAGCCUAAUUUAGAGCAUUGUGAGUUCUGAGUGUAACUCAGCUUCUAGUAACAUUGCGUUUAUUUUUUGAAUAAGAAUGAGAAGGAAAUGAGUGAAGUCAGUUAAGUUUCCUCAAGCUUUUGGUAUUUGGGGAAGAAAGUUUAAAAGUGCCUUAUUUUAAAAGAAUGUCAAAUUUUAUGCAUUAUUUUACUGUGGAGUAACUGGAGUGGAGAACAAGUUGAUCGUUUAGCCUCAAGAAGAGCUGAGCUGUUUUGAGCUAUGAUUUGUGCUGUGCUCCAUCUCCUAUCAGAACUUCAGUAAAUGUGUAUGUUAUGAUGUGGAUCAGACAGCUUUUGCAAUAACAAAGGCAAUAAUCAAAAAGUACAAAUAGCAGUGACUUAAAUUGGACACUUGACAUCUGAUAAAGCACUGAGAUAUGGUUCAGUGAGUCUGAAUUACCUUUCUCUUGAGCUAGGAAAUGCUGCCAUGGGAGCUGCUUCUUUCCAGUUGGAAGCCUGAUAGCAGCUCUGCCAUAGAAGCUGUUCAUAUGCAUUGCAGCCUACCCAUGAAGAAGUACAAGCUGGUUACGGUUGAAAAACAGCUGGGGCUUUGUCCAUCUUACAGCUGUUCAAAUGCACAAAUUAAUUUAACAAUUGUACCUCUUCAUUUUAUUUUUUCCUGAAGAUCUUAGCCUCUUGUGUAGUAUCUACACUGAAUGUAAGCCCAUCAGAUAAGGUGUGUUUGUAUAUAUGGGGGUUUUAUAGCUAUUAAAGGCUUGGAUUCAUUGGAAAUCUGUAAAUUCCAGCAUCCAAUUCUUGUAACUGAGUUUUUAACACUGAGGAUUUAGUAGGGUUUAUUUUACCAAAAUGGAGAAAAGUCAAGGUUUAUUCAUUACUGUAAAUCAGUAGCUUGAUCUUAUUUUGUAACUGCAUUUAAGUUUAGAGCCAUAGAGAAACUUCUCAGCACUGUAUUUUUCAGUUCAUAUGUAUAUUGAACUGAAAA